AUGGGCGCGCGCGCCUCGGGCGGGCUCCGGGCCCGGGCCCGGCUCCCGCGGCCGCCGCCGCCGCUGCUGCUGCUGCUGCUGCUCGGGCUGCUGGCCCCGGGCGCGCAGGGGGCGCGGGGCCGCGGCGGCGCCGAGAAGAACAGCUACCGCCGCACGGUCAACACCUUCUCGCAGAGCGUCAGCAGCCUGUUCGGCGAGGACAACGUGCGCGCCGCUCAGAAGUUCCUGACCAGGCUGACUGAGAGGUUCGUGCUGGGGGUGGAUAUGUUUGUCGAAACCCUGUGGAAAGUUUGGAUGGAGCUCUUGGAUGUUCUUGGACUUGACGUGUCGAGCCUAUCGCAGUAUUUUAGCCCAGCCUCAGUGGCCAACAGCCCAGCCCGUGCCCUCCUGCUGGUCGGCGUCGUCCUCCUGGCCUACUGGUUCUUGUCCCUGACACUGGGCUUCACCUUCAGCCUCCUGCACGUGGUAUUUGGCCGCUUCUUCUGGGUCGCCCGGGUCAUCCUGUUCUCCAUGUCCUGCGUGUAUGUCCUGCACAAAUAUGAGGGGGAACCGGAGAAUGCAGUCCUGCCCCUGUGCUUCGUGGUGGCCAUCUACUUCAUGACCGGGCCCAUGGGCUUCUACUGGCGCAGCAGCCCCAGUGGCCCCAGCGUGGAGGAGAAGCUGGAGCAUCUGGAGAGUCAGGUCAGACUGCUCAACAUCCGCCUCAACAAAGUGCUGGAGAGUCUCGACCGCGCCAACGGCAAGUGACAAUCAGCCAGCCGGCCGGGUCCCCUCACACCAGCGCCCUCUCUCAGAAGACAGAAGAGAAGACGGAAGAAAAGAACACCAAACCCCAAACAAUCUCAAUAAACAUUCCCGAGCAGGACAGUGGCGCUCCGUGAGGGUCUUUCCGGCCACAAGUCAACCCUUAGGACACGUUCCCAGAGGAAUGACAGGAUCGUUUGUGUAGAACUAACUACCCACAAAGUGUCAUUAGUGGUGGAAAAAAAAAUAUUUUUUAAACAAAGGAUAUAACCAUAUUCGCUGUACAGUCAGAGUUUAUCUGUGCAUAGAGCCUAAAGUUAAUUUUUUCAAGCACUGAAAUACAUCUUUUGUAAGGUUUUUUAAUAAAGGCAGGUCGAGUCAAGUUUAAUAAAACUUUACACCUAGGGGGAGAAUGUGCUAAUUGGACACUUUAUACCCAAAGUUCCAAUGCUAGCGUUUGUGUGUUCACAGCAUAGGGAUUGGCGGGUGAGGUCUAUAUGUGUUAUUCUCAUGUUCCAAAACCAUGAGCUUCGUUCUUUGUUAUUUUUGAUUAAUGGUGACUUAGCUGAUGGAUGUUUUCAUUUCCGGGUGUGGGCAGUUGGGGUCCAGGAUGAAACUAAACAUCUUUUGGGUCUUGUUGACCCCAGCCAACCCCCCCACCGCCCCCGUCAACCAUAUUUCUAAAAGAAGAGAUUAUUAUUUCUAGAAAACCUGAGAUUAUUCAGGAUUUUUUCCCCCCUUCUGAACCUUGAUAGAUUUUAACCUCCACAUUUUGUAAAGGAAAACUCAAGGACCAGGCAAGACACGUCUUUGGGGUCUAAUGCUGAGAGCCAUGUGGGUGAGCACCACCACUCCCUUGGUCAGGAGUCUGGGUGACAUCCCACAGUCACUGUCUGCCCGGCUAGACCUGCAGAGGACAGGUCUGCUCUCAAGGGUUUUGGUUUGUUUCAUUGUGGUUUGGGUUGUCUCCGGACCAUGGAAGGAAAACAAACUGUAGCAGCUAAUAACAUUUCCAAGUCUAUUGCUGCUUAUAAGGCAUUCUCAGGAACAACAAGCAGCAAGACACACAACUUGGAGAAGAUCCGAAUUAUCUUUCCUGAAAUUUUUACGAUACAUGUGUUAGGUGCUUUCCGUCUGAAGUCUGCCUUCAUUUUAGGUGGUGCCCAGGGGCAGAGAGGGACUUCACUGGGCAGACAGCCAUGGGGGGGCCUCCGCAGGGGCACCUUGCCAGCUGGCUCAGGGGUGGAGGGAGAUGCCCUGGCCUCGCCCCCCACCCCCAGGCCUGUCAGUUAGCACUAGGAACUUGCUCAGGCUUUGGCAGAUCGCAGCUUCCAAGGCCGCGGGGGGUUUGACUGCCUCCAGGAUCCUUCCCUGCCCUCCCCUGCCCCGGGGAGUGAGGGGGGAGUUCAUUCACGGAGCCCCUGUAUGCAGGUUUGCAGAGACCCCCCUCAGAUUGGCCGGAACCAAGACCCCACGGUCCACGUACCAUUCUGGAGACAACCCAGCUCUCCGCCAGCUCUUGUACGGCAUUUCUGUGAAGUUUUAUUUUCGGUUGCAAAUAUCUGGAAAACAGGAGCAGAUGUUUUUUAAGGAUGCUUAUGAAACUUGUAUUUUUAAGGUGCACAUAACGGAACUCAAACUCUGCCACAUUCAGUUCACUUCCUGAAACGCAUACCUGUUGUCCGGGGUUAGCUCGGGCAGAUCUUCAUCCGGGGGCAUCAGAACCCAUGGUUUCUGGAUCGAAGCUGUUCCAGUUUGGCCAUUUAGAUACUUCCAGAGAAAUCUAUUUUAGCACAGGGUAUAAAAAUUAACUCCAGGGAGGCCAUCCUUGCCCUCCUUCCUUUUGUGCAUUUGGCUCUUGUGUGUUGGGCAUUGCUUUGCUUAUGCUGGCCAGGGGAGUAUUGGCAUUCUGUGCACAAAGCUUUCAAGUCCCUAAACCAUCACUGGUCUGGAUAGAAUCUCCACUCCGUUCUCCCUGCCACCUUCCCAUGCGAGGCCUGAAGGGCACCGUGCUGUGUUGAGAUCUAGACAGGAAAACCUUUUGGACUUCCAGGAAAUCCAGGGAGGCACGUGCCCCUCGGUACUGGUGCGUUGAGACCUCGGGCAGCAGCUAGACAUCGCAGUGUGGGCUCUGAGGCCAGUCUUACAGGCCGAUACGCUCACGUGGAAGACAGCUUUAUUUUCAAUGAAGGAACCUUCAGUUAAAUAGGAAUAGCACUUCAGGGCAGAGCAUUCUUUGACAUUCCGGUAGGAAUCGUAGAUGUUAGAUCUGAAUAACUCUAGCUCUUUAACACAUAAGUCUGAUUUUUUUUUUUUUAAGUCUGAUUUUUGUUUGGGCAUUCUUAACCCCAAAUAGUUUGGGAUUUUUUUUUCUUUCUCCCUUCUACAGAAGCUUGUUGGGGUACUUGGCAUCUCCCCGGGCUCCCAUCUUUUUCCUCUCUUUUGUACAUGGAAAAAAUGUAUUUUUGUAUCAUAUCUCAUACCUGGAAGAGAAAUCCUUCUUUUUAUGUCUCCCAGGCUGUAGAAUAUAUUAGUGCAACACUUCAUUCAAUGUGAUGUAAAAAAAUCCUGACAAGGACUACUGUGAAUGGGUUAUAAUUACCACUCCAUUCUCUAGAUAUCUUAAAGUUGAUCAGUGUUUAUUUCCCGGUGCCUCUGUGUCACAACAAACACCAAAAACAGAAAAGAGAAAGGACCAGCUAUCUCUAACUCCUGGACUUGUGUGGAUCCUCUGGAGUCUAUUGAGAAUGACCUCUUCUCUGACAUGCUAGCAGAGGUGCUCCAGUGGCACAUCAGCCUUCCAUAAGUACACUUCCCAUACCAAUCAGGAUCGGCAUCAUCUGCCAUCUGGGGGUUUUGGGCAUCAUUGUUUCAGUGAUACUCCAUUUCACUUCUGGUAACAAAAUGCGGCAAUAGAAUUUCUCGAAAGCUGGUCUGGUGAAUUGUGCCAGGGUCCUUAUGAAGGUAACUGGGUGAUGGCCCAGGAAGGCUAAUAGCAUUGAAAGAAGGUUUUUAACACAGUUCCCUAAAGCCAAUGGGCAUAGCAUGCCACACAGGAUCCCCCAAAGCCUGUCACAUGCAGGGUCAGGAAGCGGAGAGGGGGUCUGUGCUUAAUAACUUUGGGAUGGUGGGAGGUGACCAGGUUCAAACAUUCCCCACUGGGUGCCAAGUGCAAACAUGCAGGUCGGAGUCGGUGGUUGGGAGGAUUAUAAUAUGACAUUGCACACCCCUGAGGGCUGGCUCAUGGGGAAGCUGUGAACCACUUUGGUUGCUAAUCUGUCUCUGAUUCAGCAGCCAUAUGGAGAGGUUAGGAAUGACAGGUCACAUAGCCAGUGCAGAAUCGAAAACAUAGUUAACACAACCUGUCUCUAGUAGCAAUCCUGAACUGCUUCAUUUCUAUGCUUCCUGCUACUUCUUAAGAAGCUCUAGAUGAUUGAUACCUGGUAACUCCUCCCUGAUGGGGUUUGAAUUGUCUGACUUAACCCAAAAGCCAGCUCUGGCCAUCCAGCUGGCUCAGGUAAAAAGGAAUUCCUAAGGUCCUAUGAUGUCAUCCCCCCCUCCCCAACUUAAAAAAAAAAAAAAAAAAUAUAUAUAUAUAUAUAUCUCCAUUCUGCAAAUUUUGCUUAUGGUCAUUUGAGUAAUUGAACUUUUACUCCUCACUUGUGAAUAGUGAAUAAUAGAAUUAUAUAUUUUUUACAGGUUCUAACAUAGCACCCUUAAAAUUAGCAUUGGACAACCACUAAUAUGAUGUACAGUAUCUGGGUUAAACAAACUUUGUUCAGAGUACUGAUUCUGUGCUUUGCUCCUCAAUGAUUCCCUGAUUUGCAGGAGAUACACCAGGACCAGUCUUUCCAUUGUGGUGGUAUUAAAAGCUGAUUGUCAUUUGCAUUGUCUACUGAAAACCUUUGGGUGGCAGCUAAUGGUGUUAUAAACCAUAUGUUCUAAUGUCUUUUUGCAGAUUUUAAGGUUUUGUUAUAGUGUCAGCUUUAAUAUUCGCAUGUGUGUUAAAUCUCUGGAUACCGUGUAAUUAAAUUGAUUUCUUGUGAUGGUGACGGUGAUUAGCGCUCACUUAAAAUCCAGCGAAGCAAUUAUUUCCCCUCUUAACUGGAAAUCAUAUUUGUGAAGUAUGGUGUCCCUUAUCAACAGUGUAUUCAUGAUUCAGUUCAUAUUUUGUGUUUCUGUUUAUAAAUUUUCUAUAGCAUUUGAUUUCACACUUAAUAUAAAUCCAUUUGAUUUGAAUAUGGUGGUGUGCGUGUGUGUGUGUGUGUCUGUGUGGUGUGUGCACACUUUAGUUCCAUAAGCCUUGGGAAGCUGAUUCUACGAAUAUCAAAUAUAAACAUAAAUGUAUAAGGCUUAUUUUAUUUGCAAAAUGAUACAUACAUUCCUCCUAUUUAUUAAAUCACUGGCUUUAGUGUUCUGUAGAGAUAUUUGUAGACCGAUUUCAGAACAGAAUGAAAAUAUUGUGAAAAUUACAGCUUAAUAAAUGUUUAUUGUAA